CGGCUUGGGAUGGUGCGUGCGCAGGCGUCACGGUGAAGCCCCCUUCUCCGGUUCGAGAUGGCGGUUGUAGCGGCUCGGGUGGUGGAGAUGGACAUUCAGGAGCAGCAGAUAGAUCUUUUAAAAUUUCCUUCAGACGAAGAUCAAUGGAGACUGCAUAAUGCCAAGGUACAUGCAAAACACCGUGGACAUGAAGCUAUGCAUGCAGAAAUGGUGCUUAUUCUUAUUGCCACACUCGUAAUAGCUCAGAUUGUGCUAGUCCAGUGGAAGCAGCAUCAUUGUAGAUCAUAUAAUCUGGUCACCUUGCUCCAGAUGUGGCUUGUUCCUUUAUAUUUCACAGUAAAACUUUAUUGGUGGCGCUUUCUCUCCACAUGGGGAAUGUUCUCUGUUAUAACCAGUUAUGUCAUCUUCAGAGCUACCCGCAAACCCCUUUCUGGAAGAACACCACGGAUGGUCUACAAAUGGUUUCUUCUCAUCUACAAAAUAAGUUAUGCAGUGGGCAUUGUGGGAUAUUUGGCGGUAAUGUUUACAAUGUUUGGCUUCAAUUUAUUCUUCAGAAUAAAGACAGAAGACUCCAUGGAUUUUGGUGUAAUUUUGCUGUUCUAUGGCUUGUAUUACGGGGUCAUGGGAAGAGAUUUUGCAGAGAUUUGUUCUGACUAUAUGGCCUCUACAAUUGGAUUCUAUAAUUUUGGUAGCAUGCCAUCUAGGAAUCUCUCUGAUGACAUUUGCGCGGUGUGUGGUCAGAAAAUAUUUGUGGACAUCAGUGAAGAAGGAAUCUUAGAAGAUACAUACCGCCUCUCGUGUAGUCAUGUAUUUCAUGAAUUCUGCAUUCGUGGUUGGUGCAUUGUAGGUAAAAAGCAGACGUGUCCAUACUGUAAUGAGAAGGUGGACCUUAAAAGAAUGCUGAGUAAUCCGUGGGAGCGCACACAUGUUUUAUAUGGUCAGCUGUUAGAUUGGCUGCGUUAUCUAGUUGCAUGGCAGCCUGUAAUUAUUGGAGUUGUACAAGGGAUUAACUACGUAUUAGGCCUAGAGUAAGACCCUACCAAUUUUUUUGGCAUGUACAUUAUAAAUUAAUCAUUUUAAAUUAUGUAUAUUCUGUAUUUUAUAUUAUUGAAAAUGUUUACUCUGAAUUUGUCAUCUAUAAUUACAUAACUACAACAUGUUUUCUUGGUACAUUAAUUGCUGAUUAUGGUGAUUAUGCUGUCACUUAACUAGUGCGCAAUAAUGUGCAUUAGUUUUAAAUAAGUAAUGUCAGAUUUUGUAAAAGGGAACCCUCAGUUCUUUCGCUAACAGAUUUGUGGUCCCUUACAAUAUAUGUAUAUAUUUAUAACUUAUGAUUUGGAAAUUAACUAUUGUUUCAAAGAAAGUUUGACCAUUAGAUAUCUCUAUAUAAUAGCUUAUUAAAUGUGGAAUGAAAUUUAUACAUCUUGUUAUGUCAAUAUUAAGAGCAAUGUUGUAAAAAAGAUUGUGGUGUAAAUGUCUUUUUGAAUCAACAGAAUUUUAUUCAUGCCCCACAGUGAUUUAUUUUUCAAAUACUUAAUGUUGAAAACCAAUGUUGUAUUUACCUAGGGAAUUGCAAUUUUUUUGCAUCUAAAUUUAUUCUCUAAGAUGUCAUUUAUUUAAUUAUUCUUCUCGGAAUGAAUGCAAUAUAACUUUUUUAAUUACAAUACAGAUUUUUUUUAAAAUUUGAAGGCACUGAUCUUAUUCUUGUGUUUGUACCUGGAAAUUCAAUUCACCUGGAACUUGACAUUUUAUCAAUCUGAAUGCAGUUUAAAAGUAAUAACUUGAAUGAAAUUUGGUUUGGAACCUAAAUGUAACCAACUGUUUUCUGUACAUUUUCAAUUCCAAAGGCUGCUUUACAGCUUAGAAUAUGAAUAAUAUUUAGAAAUAUUUCAGAUUUAUCAUUUAGAUGUGCUCUUAUAAAAAUACUUCUGCAAUAUUUGCAUCAUUAUUGUUAAUUUACAAAUAUUAUCUAAGCCAUGAAUAAAGUAAUCCAAAUUAAUCAUUGAGCCUGGAAAUCAGAGAUAAAUUAAUCAAUAAGUUUGAAUUAUGAUUAAAUGCUGUAUCUUUCAGUAAACCCAAGUUUUAUUUGUGUUUAAUAGUAGAGAUGCAAGUUGAAAAUUGGCUUCAGAAAUUCAAAGUUGGGAGAAAAAUUUCGAAGAAGCAUUAUAUUAGACUUGAAAAGUUAACUGUUUUUCUUUAUCCAUAGUUGCUGCUAGCCUUGCUGAGUUUCUCUAACACUUUUUGUUUUUACUUGAGGGGACUAAAAACUUGCUUUCUUUCUGCCAUUGGGGUUUGUCAGUACACACAACUGCCCUGAUUUAUCCAUGGUUUGAUAGAUUGUCAGAUUUCCUUUUGUGUCUGUUUUAAUUCUGAAACUUGUUGGUCACAUUUGUUCGACUAGAAAAAAAUUAUUUGAAAUGUAAGGAUAUGUUGGUUAGGAUAAUGAGGGCAGUCAACAAAAUUAUCGUCUUUUAUGAAUGAGGCAGCAGGGGAGAAUGAUAAUCUUGGAAGACUGGUCUUGACAUUUUUAAAAUUAGU